GGCGGAGGUGCUGGGCCGGCACUGAGUCGCUGCAGACUCUCCCGUGCUGCCCGCCAGGAUCUGAACCAGCAGAGGAGUAGGGAAAGGCGACCGUUCCCAGGGACCAUUUAUGCACCGUUUGCAGGCCUGGGUUUGGUCGAGAAGUUACUGCGUCUCCUUGUCAAGGUCCAUCCCUCCCCUUGGCGGCCUUUGAUGGUCUCCUUAACGGUUGCAUGAUGGAGGUCUGUUUAAAUAGGUGGGUGUGUGUAAAUGCCCCGUGCUGCUCAUCUCACCCUAAUGAGGGGUUGUUGCAUUCGUGGGCCUGGAUCUCUUCCCAAGCUACACGCCCUGUGUACAAGCGCUCAGCUCUGCCCCCCGGUCCGUGGAGUUGGAGCCACUUCAGGGUCGUUACACCGGCAAGCAUUGCACCCGCCAGAGAAAUAGCCAGAGGAGCUGCGACGAGCUGCCCUGGAGGCCUGAGCAAGGAAGAUGGGGCUUGGAGCAGCUCCCCGAGCUCGCUGGGUAGCGUGGAGUACCAGCACGGGGCACACAGCACCGGCCGCCUUCGCGACUCUCGUCCCCAGACAGGCGUUGUGUUAAGCCGCGUUCCAGCACUUGCCUGUUUUGCAGCCCCGGUGCCAGCCCAACGCUUACUGAUGCCGAGAGGAGCCAAGGUUGCAUCAGGCUUUGGUCAGGAGCGAAUUAUGCUUCCACGGAGGCCAUCUCCGCCGCUCUGUCUGUCUGCCGGACCCGGGAUGUGGGGAUGUUUGCUGUCCAAGCCUGCUUCUGAGGACAUCCUCAGUGGAGAUGUGCUCUGGCCCCCCGAGGGUUUUAAACUUGGGGGACUCUGUCACCUGGGGCUUUACCUCUGCAGCUGUCUGUAGUGGUGAUGCCAUGAGCAUGCAUGGAGGUUGCUUCCUAGCGUUCUCCCCAGCUUUGAGAUUGCGGCAAGAGCCCAGAACAAGCGUGCAUUUGGUUUGCUUCAUGUGCUAGAGGAAGCGCAGACGGGGAAGCUGAUGGCAUGGGGUACGGGCGAAAGGCAGGAUUGAGAGCCACGGCUCCCGGGCUCUCUUCCUGAGUCUGCUGCAGGCUCGGGGUGAGAUCUAAGGCAAGCCGCACAUCCACCCUAUAUCUUUCUCCCCCACCUGACCCACGGGACCGUAGCGACCUGGGGCAUUUCAGAGGCUCCCUGUGUGUGCAGCACUUCGAAAGUUUUGGGUGAAAGAAAUUCAGAGGAGGCAGCAAAGUGAAGCUGAUCCCUUCUGCGCCCAGCCCAGAGUCUUUGGAAGCACGGGCGUACGGCAGGCGGGACCAGCCCCUGGCGCUGGUGCGGAAACCUAGCACUCCAAAGAUAUUAAUUACUGUUAAUUAGCAACAAUUUGUGCCGAUAACCUCCGGAGCAGCCUCUGCCUCCCCAAGAUGGCUGGCAGAAGCGAUGAAAGCUCUUCAUUUCCAAGCCAUAAAUCACGCUAGAGUUGCCUCUGUUAUUUAGCCUAUCAUUUAGCAUUUCAUUAAAUAGAUAUGGGCGCAUACAUCAUCAUUGGCACGGCCGUGUCAUCCCCCUGCUUUAAUCGAGUCCAUCAGCACAGCGCCCUGUAGAAACCCUCUGUGCACCCUGUGCACCAGGCUAGCAUCUCUCAGCGAUCGGCCCAGGUCUGCGCAUUAGUUGGUCUGUUGUGACGGUCCCUCUUGUAUGACCAGGGCUCAGCCCCUGAGCUGCUGCAGGGAGCUUUGGUCUCGCUCAGAGACUGACGCUGGGCUCCGGGCCGGCAAACAGCAGCCGUGCUCAAAGGAGCGAGCGUCGUUCUGGUUCUGUGCAACCCCCGUCUAGUCGCUGCAUCUCUGCAACUCAUCCUCCUCCUCUUUAAAUUGGGGAGAAGGGUGCUUUAUCUCACGGGAGCAUUGUGAGAGGUCUGCUAUCAGAUGCUGGGGGCCCAUGGGAACUCCUGGUAGGAUCUGAAGCCGAAGUGAAACUGGUUUCAGCUGGGCAAAGCUGCAGUGGGAUCAAUGGGAGCUCAGACUACAUGGUAGGACGUGGGGGGAGCUGAAGAACCAGCUCUGGCCCCACCUGAUUGGAGUGCCGGCACCUCUUGACUUCUGUGAGCUUCGACGAGGAGUACGCGGUGGCCACGGUCCAGCUCUGCUUUUCAGAAAUGCUGCUGCCAGGGAUGAAGGAGGAGAACCAGGCACGGAGGAGGUGAUGGAAACUUGCCCCCUCCCGGCCCUUGUACCCAAUGCGCUGGCACCCCAUGGGCAAGGGCAGGGCUAUGGGAAGGAAGGAGCUCGGCCGCGGCCCCGGUGGCACCUGCUCAGUGAAUGGCUCCGUGGCAUCAGCCCAAAUAGGCACUAUUCCCCAGUGCCAGAAAACACAGGGAGCAGCUAGAAAGAAAGGAGCCAAGCCGGAAACUAGCCACCGGUGCAGCACCUCCGUCCUGCAGCUGCAGAGCCUGGAAGCGAGCUCCUGGCUUCGUGCAGAGGCUGCGAGCUCUGGGAGCAAGGCUCGUAGGCUGGGCUGAGUCGGAAGCAGUCGUGCUGGUGUCUGCAGUCCCGCCGGACGUCCCCGGCUUUCCCCAGCAGCCAGCGGGUGAAACUGGGAGCGUGUCAACGGCCAACAGGUUCCCGACGCCGUGGCGGUCCGACGUGCGGAGAUUUAUGGGCGCUGACACCUGCCCUUGUGCUUUAGAGAGGUCACCUCUGCCUGCCAUUGAUUUUAAUUUAGGCAGGAGGAUUUAUGUGCUCUUUAAACAGAAGUGUGUGCAGGGGGAGCGAAGCUAUUAACCGUGCUGUGCUGGAAUGAGCCGGGGCACGCGAAUCCUGGUGAAGACACCCGUGCAGCGGUCAGCCCGGGGCAAACCCGGGGCUUUCGCGACCCCCAGAGAUCUACUGUCUGGAGCACGAGGGUGAAGAGAGAGGCCUGCUGUCUAAUGCGGCUCUGCUCCGGGCCGCUUGCUUUAUGUUCGGAGCAAACUGGCUACUGAAAGCGUGGCUGCCCUUGCUGGCACAACGCAGCAUCUUCCAGGCAGCCCUGCCCUGUGCUCCCCACUGCUCUGCCAGGCUUCGACUGCCGUCCCCCUUGCUGGCACCCCUCCCUGCUGACCUACAGCAUCACCGGCCCCACCUCUUGCAUGUUGCUGUGAAUACAUCUCCUUCUCCUGGUAACUCCCGUUCUCCCGGUCCUGGCUUUAUCGGAGCAGAAACUGAACUUAUUCUGAGCUGCGCUGUUUUAUCCAUCUCUGGUAACCAGCCAAGGGAAGCCGGUACCAAGCAGGGCAGAAAGCAAAACAGCAGAUGGGGUAUGGAGCAGAAAGCAGAGCAGCAGAUCGGGCAGGGGAAGCGGGUCAAGGUGGUGCUCAGGGAAGCUAAUUUGCAACCCCCACUGAUAGCACGUGGUGCAGCCGCAUCGUGGAGCUUCCAGCACCUCGGACGACGGACACGGGACUCGCGUGUAAGUCACGGUUAAGGACUUUCCUGUUGUGCGUGGGCCGGGGCUGGGGAGCUGGCAUGGGAAACAGCCCCGCGCAUGCUGUCUGCAUGCAGCCAGCGCCCUCCCUUUCCCAGGGCGCCAUAAAUAAAUCCCCCUAGUCCAUCCGAGCCCACUGUAUCAAUCUUGUUUAAUAGACUGGAAAGCUUAUUGCAUGGCAGCAGGUCACGAGGAGUGUCGAGGUGAUGGAUUGUGCCUUCCCGAAGUCGAGCGCCGUUGAUGUAUAAUGAAAUAUUUAUGAUUUAUUCCAGCUAAUAAACUGGAAUGAAGUGUGUGAUGUAUGGGAGCAGAUGGGGGAACUGUCGAUGCCGCUUUCACUGUGCACGGGAUGGUGGGGGGAGGAGGGGGUGUGCCCAGGGCACGCUUGUGCUGGCACACACAUGCCCCUCCGUGCCCCUUCCUGCCAUGACCUGCAUGCUCGUGGGAGGACAGAUGAUCAGAAAGCCCUUAACUCUUUCCCUCUUGCAAUCCGUCACCCCACUUGCCCUCCUCCACGUGCCCCACAGAGCAGCAAACCUGCGACAGUAGCAAGGUCUGCAGAGCGGGGUUUUCCUCCCCUGGUGCUUCUGCAGCAGCUCAUUGUGCGAGUGUCCCAUGCAUAGGAUCUCUGUUGCCCUUGCAAAGCUUCCUCUUCUGCUGUGGAGGGCUGACUUCUUGCCGGAAGUGUACGGUGCAUGGGCUGGCAUGCUGCGUGCCCCGCUUUCCCUGGGCUGUCUGGGCAGCCUUCUUUGCACUUGGGAAACAGGGCAAAAGGAGGACUAGUGUAGAAAGGGAGAAUUUGGGAGUUUCUGGCCUCCCCAUCUUGCGACUCAAGAGCAGCGGGGCCAUCCAGGCAGGGGCAAAGCAGGGCAUUUAAGCAGGAGAAGCAAGCACCAUGGGGGUUUCCACUACGGCCAUGCACCAAGCGGGUCACUUGAGUGGGGAUCCAGCCAUGGCUGCACACAGGUGCCUGGCCCCCUUCUAGUGCUCGCACGCACAAGUGCCUGCACCCAAUAUGUGCACACAAGCGUUUGCAAUCAUCUGGCCCCAAGGCCUAGAUUCUUUGGUGCACCUUGUCCUUCCAGGCUGGUCUGGUGCCAGGGUCAGAGCCCAGGGGUGCCCAGCUGUUGGCCACACACUCAAGCCAGUGCUAAGCAGUGCCUAGGGUGGCCAGGGAGUGGGCUGCACCCAUGAGACAGCCAGGCCUGGGGAUGGCCACCGAAGAGCCUGCAACCACACGCUGGAGCAGGACGCACAGGAGUUAACAGGAUAAAGCCACCGCUGCCAGGGCUCCCUGCCUAGCCUCCUGUCCAUGCCCCUGUGCCGGGGAAGAGGGAGGGAGAGACGGCUCUGCCAUGCACGGGAGCUGUCCUGCCAGCUGUUCCUUUCUCUGCCUAAUUAGCUCCCCUCUGCAAAGCACUUUGAGGUCCUCAGAUGAAAGGUGCCGGAGAAGGACGGUGCAUUAUUACUUCUGACGGCCUCCCACGCCUGGUCCCGGCGGCUUUGGACCCGGGACGCCGGCUGGCCCUCCAGUGCGCUCCUUUGAAGAGCGCUGAGCUCUCCCGGCCUGCUGUUUGCAAAGGCAUGCGGCAGGGAAGACCUCUCCUCCUGUCUGUGCCAGGGUAAGGGCUGGCGUGGGAGCUUUAUUUUGCCUCCACGCAGCUGGCACGUGCGGCAGCCGUGUCUCGCUGCCCCUUCAAAUCAAACAUUUCAGCGGAGGGAGGCCAUACCUGCAUCCAGCCAUAUGGGGUGGAGAUGUCCAUCAGUGCAGCCACUGGGAUGGAGACAGGGACAGGGCGAGUGGGAGGAUCUGCCUUUCCAGCUGAGCUAUUCUUGCGGCUGUACUUUAGGUGAAGGCAGGCCAUUUGCACCAGCACUACCGAGGAGACCCAAACAUAGGUCAGAUGAAUGGCAAAGGUGAAGCUUCUGCUGUAGUGUAGUCCGCGGCAGAUGUGAGGGCCGCUUGGAAACCACGGGGCCGGCAGGUCAAAGGAAUUGCAACCCAGGCAUGGCUAACCCAAGUAUGAGGCCAACAACCCUGGGUUUCCGAGCCCUGGGUGGGCAGCGGGGUGCAUCUGCGUUGUAGUGCGCUGGAGCAGCAAGCCCUACGGUAGGAGGGCUGUCGAGAGGUCAGCGUGUUGGAUGACCACGUACAGGGCCGUAUAUUCUGCGGUCGCUGUUCCCUUCUGUGACGUGCCGGGGACAGGGCCCUGCAAGGAUCGCGGCAAGGGGAGAAAUACGCCUUAGAAGCAAAGAGUCUAACAAACCGUCCCCGUCACCUCCGCGGUCCGUCCGCGAGACUCCGCUUUGUUCUUUGGAGACUUUGCGUGCAAACUGCUACGCAGGUGCUUUAAAAAUCCUGCCCAAUCCCCCUCUGCAGGGAACAGGAGGGGGGAGAAGGAAGCACCUCGGUUUGCGAGUCACCUCGGCACGAAGCCGGAGCCCGCGCGGGUCCUGCGGCUCGCGGCAGGAGCGAGCUCACAGAACAGCACGAAGACCCGCUGAGAGGACCCUCGAGCGCUUGGGGAGGCAGGGAAGGGGAUUAAAAUAGCUGCCUCCUGGCUGACAAGCAGCAUAUGUUUGCAUCCGUCAAAGGGGUCGGGCCUUGGAGACGACCCCGCGCCGUGCGAGGCAGCAUCCUCCAUCUAAUUAGGUCUGGCAAUGCUGUCAGGAGCGCGCGGAGGCCGAGCCCUUGGGUCCGGAGCUGCCUGCAGGUCGCAGCACCACUUGCUCUCAGGACGCUGCUAGUGCAACAAGGAGACCUAGUGUGAAGCUGGGCUCGCGGUCCUCUUGGCUGAGUCCUGACCCUUUAGCUCACCAGGCUCAGUUCAGCACCGUCUUUUUCCCUAAAAAUUGUGCCUGCUGCCUGACCAGCAGAGAACGAGAUCCCCACAGCCCACGCUGUCUCUCGCCAUGCCCCAGGCUGGGAGAGUACAAAGGCAGGGAGGUUUUGCCUGCAGGUGCUUUUGUGUUGCUGCUGUGCAAAGUGAACAGCAUGCUGCCUGGUUUUCAGGGGCUGGGCUGGGCCGGGAGACGGCGAGGGGCACUUUGACUGGGAUGUGUGCGAUGAUUAUGUAGUCGUCUGGUUUGUUUGCAUGUUAUAUAUUGAAAGCGGGGCUGUUUCGGGGUGUUUUAGGUUCUGGUGGGAUAAAGGUUAGUGGCUGGAUUGCAGAGGGGCUGGGUGCAGCCUGGAUGGCGCUGGAAGGCCCUUUCCAGAGAUCCCUGCCUCUUUCUAGACGUUGCAGGAGGAGCCAGAGGGUGCACGUGCCCACCUGCGUGCCUUGCUGGUGGGAAGGUGGAGACGGAGGGAGCCGGCCACAUGGGCAUGGCACCGGGAAGGGCUGAAGUGGUGGGGCAGAGGCUGCGGAGAAGAUGAGAUCUCCAGGGCCGAGGAGGAAGUUUGCUGCAGAGACCGUGACGAUUCCUAUCAGCCAGUGAUUGGGAAGUAAGCACCAGGCAGAGGUGGGAGCAAAAAGUUAGGAGAUAAUGUUUUAAACCUUUAUGUUCUGCCUUCCCCCGCUGUACUGGAGGGUUUUCCCCUACGGAUGAAAGUUGGGUGGGAGAGGAUUAUCCUUGAAUUUAGCUGUCCUGUGAUCGGGGGUCUCACGUGGCUGGGAGUUUGCACCUCACGCACUUAGGGUCCCGUCACAACAUGUCACCCUAACAGAGACACGCUCGGAGUCGCCCCCAUGGCCCGUCCUCUGAUCCGCUGGACAUGCCUGGUUCACAAAGCGGGCGUUCGGUCCACUGGAUCGCUUGCUCCUAGCAAACAGAGGCUGUGUCGAAGCCGUGCUGGUGUCUGCUUCCUAGAGCAGCAAAUGCAGAAGCAAAUGUAUAGCAGUAAGACAGAGGUGGGGAAAGGAGCUGCCAGAAGCCAAGCUGGAGUUCGCGGCCCUGCACAGUGAUCCGGUGCCCUUCGCUGCGUGUACGCCGGCGUCCUGCUCUCAGCACCGCCGGUGCGAGUUCCCACCGGGGGCAUUAAGCAGGAUUGGCCUCAACCAGAUCAUCCCAGCCAGGGCUUUGUUGAGCCGGGUCUUAAAAACCUCCAAGGAUGGAGCUUCUGCCACCUCGCUGGGUAACCCGUUCCAGUGUUUUACUACCUUCCUAGUGAGAAAGGUUUUAUCUGAUAUCCAACCUAAACCUCCCUUGUAUAAUAGAAGCAGCGCGGGGUGCUUUACUGGACUGACGUGGCUGUGAGGCCGGUUGCAUCUACAGGAAUACAGGGCUGGGCUCCCUGCGGGCUGCAGAGCCACACACCAGACUGCCUGUCUCUCCGAUAACGCACCUCACUAGGCAGGGCGUGCAGAGGAAGGCAGGAUCGGGACCGGGAGUGAUGCGUGCAUAGCCAAGACCGAGGCUGGGUCUCCACAUGAGCCGUGCAUGUGGCUUCGUGCACCCGGUGAGGCCGGGGCUAUUAUUUAUUUGCAUUGCAGCAGCACCCCAGCUGAGAUGGGGCCUCGGGGUGCUGGGCACCGUGUGUAGGAGGCAGACCCUGCCCUGAGGAGCUGCAGCCAGGGGGAAGGAUGGGUGAGAGGCUCUUCUCCCUGCUGUAUACAUGCGGACGGGGGCACCCGGGGAGUCUGCGGCAGGGUCUGUCGAGAUCCACGUCCCCGCCGUAGAGGGGUGGGCUCGUUGCUCCCUUGCUCUCCGUGCUCAUGAGAAGCGCGACCCCUUGGACAGCAGCGCUCAUGGGGGGUACCACAGGGGAGCCGCCGGCUUGAACCCUGCGGUCUCCCUUCCUCUAGCAUCUGCAUUUCCCCCCUAGGCUGACGGAGAGGAUGCGUCCCAUCCUCCUGUGACCCGAGGUGGAAGCAGUGGGCCGCAGCGCCGUGCUAUGGGGGGUCCGGCUGGACCCGCAGCUUGGGUUUCACGAUCUGCUGGAGUUGAAGCGACGGACUCAUCGGGGAAGGGAGGAUGCCGUGUCUCGAGACGGUGGCAAGGCGCAGAAAAUCCGAGUUGGAAGGGACCUCGGGAGGCCAGACGCCAAUUCAGCAGGGGCAGCGCGUGGGAGGAAGGUCGUUAAGUAGCACCCCCCAGCCUAGACAUCCUGGAAGCUGCCUGUGCCAUGUGCUGCAACGCCUGGCUUGCCAGCAACCUCCAUUUGUCAGGCUGGUAGCAGAUGGCACGGGGCAGAGGGUAAUGCGCCUGGCCUCCGCGGGCCAGGCAGAGCGACGUGCACAGCAGGCUUGGUCCUGUCAGCAAGGGAAGUGACAGGAGGGCUCGGGGUCGGGAGAGGAAGAGCCGCAUGGAGCCGGGGAGGUGCUGCGGGCUGGGGGUGAAGGAUGUCCGUGUUGCGGGCGCGGGGCUGGUGCCCGCGGGGCAGGAGAGAUGCAGAGCAGGGAGAUUCCAGCUGAACCCCCCCCCACCACCCCUAAACACAUGCAUAUUUCUAAGAUGACUCUUCCUCCUUCCUGUCACUGCUCGCGGAAGAGCUGGGAAGGCAGCAGAGGCAGCUGCCUGAGAAGAGAAGCGUCUUUGGAGGAAGCAGAUGCUUGCGGAGACCUCUGAACGCAGGUCGGGCAAUAGCAGCCAGGGCCGGACAAGGCUGAACUCCUGCAGGCAGCUGCAGCAUCAGGGAGAGCACAAGUACUUGCCCGGUCGACAGGAGCAUCGGACCAAAGCCUCCAUGGGCCUGCCUUGCCAGGGUUUUGUGCACAGGGGGUGAUGCCAAGGCGAGUCUGCCCCAGGGAAGAUCCCCUGCCAGGCACCGCAGCUCUGGGGCACCAACCUUUUAGAGCAAGGCGGCAGGCUAGGGCUUGCAUUGGUCUUGGCCUGACGCUGAGGAAGGUGAGAUGCCAUGAGCAGAUGCUACACAGACUCUGAAGGACCCCCCCAAAUGCAGCACACAAGAAAGCUGCGUUGCAAAAGGCACCAUCUCCCUGCUCUCCAGGCUCCUUGCUCCACUUCAGGGUACCAGCAGCAGCUUGCUUUCGUUUAGCACCCAGAGCUCUGCUCCGUGAUGCCAGGGGUGGAGAGGGUCAAGUUCAAGCAAAGGAAGAGCUGUGCAUUCAAUUUUUUCCCACUUUGGAAAGACAUAGGAAGGGGAAGGAGAGGUCCGGAGCCUGGGGAUGCAGGACACUAGCACUGCUGUGUGAGGAGCAGAUGCACGCACGCACAGUGAUAAGGAGCAGAGAAGCACUGCGCUGUAACCCCUGGAUGAAUACCGUCCGUCCACGCUGAAUCUCGGCGUUGUUCACGUCAGCGUACGUACCCAUCAGUAAUGACAUCCCUGUGAACGUGCUGUGUGUCAAGGCCCUUCAUCUGCUAUGGGACAUUUCAACCAGGGCUCAGACAAGUCUCCAGCCCGAUCCAUUUGGUGCAUGCAACCCCUCCUCGCUGGACAAGCAUCAUAAACCCAGCCGGUGGGGCGUAAAGUGUGUUAGCCCCAGCUUGCUGAAUAGAGGUUUCUUGCUGAAUAGAGGCUUGCUGAAUCUGGAUUCCCUCUCCUUCCUGCCUGUGUUUUAGGACCGAGCAGCCGCCAGUUGCUGGCUGAAAGCGCCCGGUUCUCCAACCCCAACCCCGGCUUCUGGAGCCACGUUUUAAUUAAUGCUCGGCUCUGCGUUUCCAUGUCAGCAUCGCACGCUGCGCUGAUACCCAGAUAGCAGAAGGUCAUUUAUCAUCUCGGUCGUGAAUUCCUUUCAGCUGCUAAAUAUCAGGAGAGUCCCAGCUUCGAAAACUCCCACGCUGAAAUAUUCCAGGCAGGCCUUGCAAUACACGGGCGUGCUUUGCUGCUUGUCUGAGACAAGCCAAAACCAAGGCAAGCUGAUCAGGGAAUAAUUCAAUCCCCUGGCCGGCUCGAGAGGUGAGUCCCUGUGCCUCGUGGCAGGAAGAAACCCGACUCAGGGGAAGGGCACCUGCUGCUGGAAGGGAUUUAAGUCCUGCUUCUGGCUGCUCUCUGCAGAGGAGAAGGGGCAGGCGUGUGAUGCUCAAAUGCACCUGGGUAGCAGAGCGAGGGGCCUGUUGGCUGUCCUCAAGGAAGGCCAUCGUGCAAGACUUUGCACACUGAAAUGCACCUGUGCAAGCGAGGGAGUGAAUCCAAGUGCUCCCAUGAGAGUAAGCACCCAGCAUACUGUCCUUCAUGGCUGUACUGGACCGUGCCCUGCCUUGGGCCAUGGGACACGAGAGCCAGCUCUGGACAGGUGGAGGACGCAGAGAUGCCCUCUGCAUGCAGCUGGCACUACUGAGCCCCACGGCUGCGUAUCGCACCUGGCCGAGCACAUCCUGGAAGCCCUUUGGGAGCUGUCCUGCGAGCUAGGCCUGCCUGCUUCCCACCGCCCUGCACCGAACCGAGGACAUUCAGUACAAAACCCAAAGGCUGCAGCGUGCUGCAGAAGAGACCGAGGGCCCUGCCUGUGCCCGAAGCCCCCGCGGCGGCAGGGAAUGCAUCAGGCAGCAUAUGCCCAGGCCUCCCGGUAUCCUGCUAUAGAGGAUAGCAGAGGACAAAAUCCUUCACCAGCUCCUUGCAGAACCAGACUGGACCAGCCCCCAGGCAGAGACUGGGCCUGAUACCGCGAUGCCUCCAGCUCUCUGCUUGCAGGACCGCGGCGCUAAUUCACGCAUCUCGUGCCGUCGCUGAACGCUCCCGCUCGAUGCUGCCCAGUACCUGUCUCACCGCGGCGUUAGAGCAACACCGCAACGAGGCCCCGUCAGUGAGACCUCGGCAGGGACCGGAGCUCACAACGGGGCUGCAUAUCACUGAGACAGGAAGGCAGAUUGACAUGCAGGUUAAAGCUAAGAGCCCCCCCGGCGCUCCUCGCCAGCGUCUGAAAUUGGAAUCAGAAGUCCUGAGACCCCCCUCGCCCCGAGGUUGGCGAAGGCUCUAUUAGCAGGAUGUGACUAAUCAUCUUAAGUAGCUAUCAAAGUGCAACAGCUUGUUAAGCAUUUAGCCAGGUUGUGCCGACGCGACCUCUGCCUCAAUCUUCCCGGCCGCCAGCGCCAGCGGCUAAUUACUGGCUCGCACCUGCCACGCUCGCUUUCUGCCUUCCUCCCUGUCACCAGACCCCGCGGAAAAGACGGGUCUGAUUGUGCAAAGCCCGCUCCCUUCUCUUCCUCCUCACAAAGCCGGGUUGCAAGGUGUGACGCGUGUAGCCGAAGUCUCCCAGGCCUGUUCCCGCGGAUGUGGCGAGCGGGAAGCAUUUGAAGGCGGCGUCACUGUCGGCAGGGCACGUUCACACACGUGUGCCCCUGUUAGCUAGUGUGGAUGCUGCUGGGAGAAGAGUCAGGGGUGACUCACAGAGGCAGGGGGCUUGCUAACCCAACCGGGCCUGGGGGAGGUAGGAGGAAUCAAGGUCAUGGGCUGCACUGCCGUGAUGGAGCAGCGCUGGGAACAGCCCAGCGGUGGAGAAGGGCUGGGUGGACCCUCCUCCUUUGCCCCAGCUCAUUGCCAAUAAAUGCAAGAAAGGGCCUGCUGCAUGCAAGCAUCCUGCUUGAGGUCCCGCAGCAGCAGGGAGAGGGCUGGCUCACAUUUCUGUGACCUUCACGUUCAAGGAGGUUUGCUCUUCGGGAGGCAGGAGGUGCAGCAGGGCUAGCCAGCCUGCUCUAGGGGAUACGGCAGCCUACAAGGACGGCACCUACUGGAUCAGGGGCCGGACCUCGGUGGACAUCAUCAAAAGCGGCGGCUACAAAAUUAGCGCCCUGGACGUCGAACGUCACCUGCUAGCCCACCCUGGCAUUGCAGACGUAGCUGUGAUCGGUGCCCCCGACGCGACAUGGGGCCAGCGGGUCAGCGCCGUGGUGGAGCUGCACGACGGGGAGGAACUGUCUCUCGAGGCUUUGAAGAACUGGGCACGGGCCCCGACCCAUCCGGUGCAGCACCCGCGGCCCCGGUCCUGCGCCCGUGGAGGCCGGAGGGGCCCCGGCGAGUGAAGCGGGCCUGGGUGAUCCCCCCCAUCAGCGUCUCCGAGAACCACAAGCGCAUCCCCCACCUCCUGGUGCAGAUCAAGUCGGACAAGCAGCAGCCUGGGGGCGUCAUCUACAGCAUCAAGGGGCCGGGCGUGGACGAGGAGCCGCUGGGCAUCUUCUCCAUCGACAAGCUCAGCGGGAAGGUCUUCCUCAACACCGUGCUGGACCGGGAGCAGAACGAGCGCUUCCGCCUGAAGGCCUACGCGCUGGACCUGGGGGGCAAGACGCUGGAGGACCCCACUGACCUGGAGAUCAUCGUGGUGGACCAGAACGACAACCGGCCCCUCUUCCGGCAGGAGGUGUUCACGGGGCACGUGAUGGAGGGCGCUGAGCCAGGUACCCUGGUGAUGACGGCAGAGGCCACGGAUGCCGACGACCCCAACACGGACAACGCGGUGCUGCGGUUCUCCAUCCUGGAGCCGGCCACCGGUGCCUUCCACAUCAACGAGACCACGGGCGAGAUCCGCACCGCCCAGGCCGGGCUGGACCGAGAGGCAGUGGCCGUGUACAACCUGACGCUCCAAGUAGCCGACAUGUCCGGGGACGGCCUCACCACCACGGCCGCCGCGGUCAUCCACGUGGACGACAUCAACGACAACCCGCCCGAGUUCACGGAGGACGAGUUCUCCCUGGAGGUGGCGGAGGGCGCGCGGGGGGCCGAGGUGGGCCGCGUGCUGGUGCACGACAAGGACCUGCCCGGCUCCCCCAACUGGCUGGCGCACUUCACCAUCCUGGAGGGCGACCCCGAGGGCGUCUUCGCCAUCCGCACCGACCCCCGCACCAACGAUGGCGUCCUCUCCACCGCCAAGGCGCUGGACCACGAAGUCCGGGACCGCUUCGAGCUCACGGUCUCGGUGCAGAACCAGCAGGUGCUGGACCCCACGGCCCCGCAGAGCGCCCGGGCCCUGGCCACAGUGCACGUGCACGUGCGAGACGUCAACGAGGCGCCCGUCUUCCCGGAGAACCCGCGCUUGGUGAGCGUGGCUGAGGGGGCGCCGCCUGGCACCGAGGUCACCGUGUACCGCGCCAGCGACCCCGACAUCCGCCAGCCCCAGGCCCUCAGCUACUCCCUGGCCUACGACCCAGCAGCCUGGCUGCGGGUGGAGCCGGGCUCCGGGCGGGUGCUGACCACGCGGGAGCUGCCACGGCUCUCAGCUUUCCUGCAGGGAGGCCUCUACACGGCCCUCGUCCUGGCCAGCGACGAUGGCGAGCCCCCGCUCACAGCCACGGGGACCCUCUCCAUCGAGAUCUGGGAGGUCAACGACCACGCGCCCGUCCUGACCCUGCUGGCGGGCAUCGUGUGCAGCCAGCCGGGCCGGGGCCGGCCCCUGCUGCUCAGUGCUACCGACGAGGACCUGUCACCCCACGCCGAGCCCUUCAACUUCAGCCUGGGCCACGGAGACCCCCAGCUCGCCCGCAACUGGACCCUCGGCCGCGUCAACAAGACCCACGCGGCGCUGAGGCUGCUGGCGGAGGUGCCCGAGGGGCUCUACGUGCUGCCCGUGCUGGUCCGCGACUCGGGGAUACCGCCGCAGGAGCGGAAGCAGGCGCUCAACGUGUCCGUGUGCCUCUGCGGGGACGGCGGCGCCUGCUGGGAUGGGACGACGGCCGCCUCCGCGGUGGGUGCCGGCCUCAGCUUCGAGGCCCUCAUGAUCGUCCUGGGCACCAUCAUCCUGCUGCUGCUGCUGGUCCUGCUGGCAGCCGUCGGGGAGCGGUGCCGGCGGCGCGCGCUGCGCAAGGGGCUGCUGGCCGGGUCGCAGGACGACCUGCGGGACAACAUCCUCAACUACGACGAGCAGGGCGGCGGCGAGGAGGACCAGAACGCCUAUGACCUCAACCAGCUGCGCCACCCCGAGCUGUUCCCGCCGCCGUCGCCGCGGGGCAAGCAGCCGCUCCGCAGGGACGCGCCGUACAGCUAUGGCUCCCCGCCGUACCCUCGGCGCCUGCCCGCUGGCCCCUCUGACAUCGAGGACUUCAUCAACGAGGGGCUGGACGCGGCCGACAGCGACCCCAGCGUGCCUCCCUACGACACGGCUCUCAUCUAUGACUACGAGGGCUCAGGCUCCGUGGCCGGGACGCUCAGCUCCAUCAUCUCCAGCCUGGAGGACGGCGACCAGGACUACGACUACCUCAACGAGUGGGGCCCGCGCUUCCGGCGCCUGGCAGACCUGUACGGGCAGUAGGGGCGGCCGGGGCGCUGCGCCUGGCUGCACCGCUCCAGCGUCCAGCAUGGGCGCCUGCGGCACAGGGGGACUUUGCUUUCAGCGACACACGUGCACUAGGGUUUUCCCAGCUUUUAACCCUAAACCUGCAAGUUUUUGCACAGGGGAGAAGACCCCCAAACCCCUGUCGCACGGGACAGCGGCCCCCUGCCCUGGCCUAGCCCCCCAGCCCGGCUGGGAGAAAGCACCGGUGCAGCGCAGCGGAGGCUCAGGCCAGGUCCCAGCUCCUGGCUCCAGCCCGGGGCCCAUGGAGCAAUAUAGGGCAGGGCGCUUCCUUGCAGAGGCAGAGCAAGGGGGAGGGAAGGGGAUCAUUUACCCGUGGCAGAGGGACAUCGAGGCUGGACUUUUGCAGCAGCGAUGGAGCCAGCCUUGGGAGCGUCGGCCAGACCCUGAGAGCACAGAAGCCGAGGCAGGAGCCCAGACAGCAGCCGAGCAAGCAGCACCAGGCUGGGGGCAGCAGGAGAGGACAAGGGCCCAGGCAGGCACCAGCCAGCAAGGGGCACCACUAGGGCAGGGAAGGGGACCUGGAGCCCGGAGAGAGGAGCCAAGACCACCGCAGGCAGCCCUAGCCCCGGGGGGGCAGGCCGAGGGGGUGAGGACCGCAUCUGUGCACCCAGGGCAGGGGAAGGUCCCUGGUGGCUGGGAGCCAGGACGGCCUGGGAGAAAUAAAGCAGAGCCAAGCCCGGGCUAGAAACAA